AUGAUCAGAGGUCACACCCACAGAGCAUCAUCUUUCACCUCCAUCUCCCGUCCCCAUCUUCCCUCCAUUGACGAAAAUGAAAUCGCUUCUACACCCUCACCUCCCAGCCCUGCCACUCCUCCAGCUCCCCUACGCAUCCCCAGGAAAUCUCCCCGUCGCGCUAUUCGCAAUCAUGGAAUCCCGCCGCCAGCCUAUCUCCCACCGGCAAGAUCCUACCGCGCUCCACCCCCGGCGCAUUACUCUCCGCCGAGCUAUAGCUAUGGCUACCACGAGACCAAGGGCAAGUUCAUAGAGCCCGACAUGACAGACAGUGGCAGUUUUAGGGAGCGGAGGUUUUGCGGCGUGGAUAAGAGGAGGGGAUGUUGCUUGUUGGCCAUUUUCAUGGUGGGUGCUGCCAUUGUUGCGAUUGCUUUGGGUGUUGGAUUAUCGAUAGGUUUGGAUAAUGCCAGCAAGGAUAUACCACAGCAAUCCUCAACUCCAGAACCAACAGCUAAAUUCCCAGCUGGAUCUUAUGCCUUCAGAGCAGAUCUCCAAACCACAUCUACAGAUUGUACCUCCAACCCAUCAACAUGGCGUUGCUAUCCUUAUACCCAAGGUUCUUCGGCGACAUUCUUUUGGAUAAUCACGUCCAACGACGACGAUAGCUCGUACAACAUCUCUUCCACCGCGAACCCCUUUGCCCCGUCUUUCUCAAACCUGACUCUCAAGCGUCUAGACGAGAACACAUCGCAAGAACGAUUACAGUUCUCCUUCUCAAUGACCAAGACAGUCGUCCCAGACGACAUGCUCUCGUCGAGUAACGUUGCUGCCAAGUGUACGUUCGACGACACGCUCUUUGAAGCUACACUUUGGACGCAAAGAAAUAGUGACGAUGUUGAUGGGUCUGAUGGUGACAAUUUUGCCGAAUGGCCAGGCAAUGUCGAGAUUGUUCAGCGUAAGAUGUUCAGAGGUGGAUCGCCCGAGUGUGUGGAUAGCCAGGGAGGUAUCGUGGGUGAUAUAAAAUCCAGUAACGGCACCUGGCAAGGAAAACAGGAGAAGGAGAGGAGUCAGUGA